AGUAGUUCAACCCAUAUUUUUGGGGAAAAUGGUUAGUUAUGUUGAAAACUACGAUCCCAGCGAUUCUGCCGCUUUGCAUGAAGCCUACGGCUACGCGGCAGGGCUGAGCGCCUGCGUGCUCGUGUGGGCCGUUCUGCACCACUUGUACUUCUACCACAUGCAGCGCGUGGGGAUGAGGCUGAGAGUAGCCGUGUGCCAUAUGAUCUACCGCAAGGCCCUUCGCCUAAGUAGCUCGGCCAUGAGGAAGACCACCACAGGCCAGGUAGUCAACCUACUGUCCAACGAUGUGAACAGGUUUGACCAG